CAACUGAGCAGCACUGGUCACUUUGGGAGCUGCAAACUUUGGAGUCCAGACAGCAUUUCGUCCUUAGGAUGGAUGGAUUCAGCCAACAACUGGAGGACCUCUACCCUUCUUGCUUUUCCCCCUGCCCCAGCCCUUUGGGGUUCAGUGAGCCAGUGAUUCAGCCAUUUGCCAUGAAUCUGGCGCCUGCAGCACAGAAGGACUUCCAGCAGCAUCCCAAUAGGAGAGAAGUCACCAAGAUCCCUGGAGCCGGUGAGCAGAGCCCAGUCCAAAAUGUCAGACCCAAAGACGCAAUUAAUCCCAAAGAGGCUGACCCAAGAAGCCCAACGGCUGAUGCCUCUUUGGUCCCAGCAUCUCAGCGCAGGAAAAGGACCUUCUUCACCCAGGCACAACUGGAUAUCCUCGAGCAGUUCUUCCAAACCAACAUGUACCCAGACAUCCACCACCGAGAGGAGCUAGCGAGGCACAUCUAUAUCCCAGAGUCCCGCAUUCAGGUCUGGUUCCAGAACAGAAGAGCAAAGGUCAGACGUCAAGGUGCAAAAGCCACCAAGCCCAUUCUUGCAGGCCAUCAUUAUUCCGGCACCUCUGGGGCUAACAGGGCAAUGUUUCCUUCAGCACCUGCCCCUAAUAGUUCCUCACAUCAGAUGACUACAUCCCGGGCACAGGUCCAGCCUCUGAAAGAAUCCCAAAUGAAUAUGUUUCACCAAAACCAGGGAUUCCUUCCCUACCCAGAUUCAUCUUGUAAUGUCUCAAGGCAGAGGUUCCUCAUGUCCCAGCCAACACCUGGUGCCUACCACCUGCCCCAGGCAUCAUCCAAUGUCUACAAUCAGAAUGUGAAAUCUCAAAACCCUCUGUGGAACCAACAGACAACCAACAGAGUUUAUACAAAUAUGAUGGAGACGGUGUUGGACCUCAGCAGAAGACCCUCCCAGCAGAUGCCAGUUCAGCCAAUGCUCAUGAACAGCUUCCAAACCAACAAGAACAUCAAACCAGAGGUGUAUACUACCAGCCCUCAGAUACCUGUAUCUACCACUUCAAGCCAGGUGAGCUUGUUUGCCAACCAAGAGCCGUGUCACAUGUCAACAACACAGGGCGGAACCUAUGGACAAAUCUCUCCUAUUUCAGAUUCUGGUGUCAGUGACACCUCCCCAGAGCCAAGUUCAGACUGGGAAGAAAAUGUUGCUUCUGUGCUCCUCAACCUUUAAGGCAUAGGGGCAGUUAUCGUACACCUGAGUUUGCAAUGCUCAGUCAUAAACUAUGGACUAUGGAGUGAAAAUGUAUAACAAACAAAGGACACAGAUGUUGCGAUAUUUCUUCUGGAUAUUUUCAUUAUUGGGUUUGAUUUCCUUUAUUAUGAACUCUUUUUGGUGAUAGAUGCAUUAAGAUGUAGUUGAUAUUCCUAGUUCUUCUUCUAGAAUUUAACCCUUCAGCUGUGUGCCCCAUGCAUUGCUCUGUAACAUCCGCAGUUUGAAGACUGUUUUUAGUUAUAGUUAUACAAAGGGUUAGUGGGAUUAAUAUGUCUAUUUAUUUUAACCUUUUUAUUUAGAAUCUAUUUAUUUUUUUAUUCCUGUUAUGGUUACAUCUUUGUAUAUAAAAUGUAUCUGCCUGUAACAUAUAUAUCUAUCAGUGAGGCAAUAAAGACAAUGUUUCAGACAC